UGGUCUUCUCUCCACACUGGAGAGUGCAAUACAGAUAUUCAGGUAACCCUAACAUGACCAUCAUGCUGACAAAUGCAAACAAAACAAUGUUACAAAACAAGACCACGGACAGAGGCCAUUUUGGAUUUGUAUGAUACUCUGCCACUCUCAGAAAGAGAUGAUUUCAAAUACAUGUGAGUUUUGGGGGUUUUCUGUUUGUUUUUUAGCAAAAGUAUAGAUGACCAUGCCUUGGGUGUUUGCUAAUCAGCAGAACAUUUUCAGUUACUUUGCUUUUCACUUGCCCAUAUCAGAGAAAAGCAGUAUUAUGGAUACAAAAUAAAAUUGGUAAGACAACAUUAAAGUUUUGCUAAUUUACAGGCAAAUAAAGAAGCGUCUCCAGAUGUAGGUUAAGAUAUAUUGCUAGACAACUUCAACAUGGCCGAAGCAAGUAGCGCCAAUCUAGGCGGCGGCUGUGAGGAAAAAAGGCAUGAGGGGUCGUGUCCACAGUCUGUGCCACCCGGCACUACCAUUUCGAGGGUGAAGCUCCUCGACACCAUGGUGGACACUUUUCUUCAGAAGCUGGUCGCCGCCGGCAGCUACCAGAGAUUCACUGACUGCUAUAAGCGCUUCUACCAGUUGCAGCCUGACAUCACACAGCGAAUCUAUGACAAGUUUAUAGCUCAGUUGCAGACUUCUAUCCGGGAGGAAAUCUCUGACAUCAAAGAGGAGGGGAACCUGGAAGCUGUCUUGAAUGCCUUGGAUAAAAUUGUAGAAGAAGGCAAAGACCGCAAAGAGCCGGCCUGGCGCCCCAGCGGGAUCCCAGAGAAGGAUCUGCACAGCGUCAUGGCACCCUACUUCCUGCAGCAACGGGACACCCUGCGGCGCCACGUGCAGAAACAGGAGGCUGAGAACCAGCAGCUGGCAGAUGCCGUCCUGGCAGGGCGGAGGCAGGUGGAGGAGCUGCAGCUACAGGUCCAGGCCCGGCAGCAGGCCUGGCAGGCUCUACACAGAGAACAGAGAGAGCUGGUUGCUGUGCUGAGGGAGCCUGAGUGAGGAGACCGCCAGGCCCAGAAGCAGAGGGCAGUCAAGGUCAAGAGCCUGUGGCCAGCAUGCCUGGCCUGGGCGGCCUGCCUCUGAGAACGGCUGAAAUGGUGCCCAGUCCCUCAGCAGUGAUGGAAUUUGCUAGAGGACUAGGCCAGAGAAAGCCUCAUUGCCACUGUGCCUUUGGGGUACCCUUGGGGUUGGACAUACACCCCCUUUAGAUUCCUCUGUUUCUUCUACCUGGAUAAUUCUUGGCCAUGUUCUCUCUUCUCUAGGUUCAGGUCAGCUUUGCCCCUCCGCCCCACUCCUGCUGGUUCCUGAGCCCUUUUCCCUGGGCCUGGCUUGGAGAAUCUGUUUUCAAUCUCCACUGAUUGCCCCCUUGCUGCCCAGCCCAGGGGCCUUUACCAUGUUCUCCCCACAUCCGUAAAUAAACUUCCUCCACUACA